AUGUGGUUAACAGGUGAAGUAUGUACAGAUACCAAUUGCAACCAACACGGGCAUGCGCAAGGAACACGUGGUCAGGCAGUCGGUGAAAGAACAAGAAAACAACUUCUCUUCUGGGUCUAUCCUAUAAUUCUCAAGAUUUCCCUUGCUGAUCUAUCCUGUAAUUCUCUAUACGAAGAUGACCACUACCUCCUCGAGCACAUCCUCAACUGGAACACCGCCGAUCAGUUCCACCAACCCUACAACAACUCCGACAACUCUCAACACCAUGAUUGCCAAUUCUGUCCAGGCAGCCCUCGGUGCGGUGUUACCAACGAUCAUCACCGCAAUGGACCAGCGGAUUCUGGCAGCAGUCCAACAACACCGCUACACAGCCGGAACGGCAGGCAUGUGAGUGUGGCUCUGCAAGUGACGGAGAAGCUGCUGUCAGCCUGUGAUUCACGAAAGCUCCAGUUGAUUGUGGAUAGCUACCUGGAUAUACUGCAUAAUAUGCUGGAAACUAGCAACACAAAACUGGCCACCAAUUCGUUUGUGAAGUUUGCCGAGCGAGAGGAAGGGAACACCCCCUACCACAGACAGUACAACUUCCUCAUCCACCGCUUUGCCUCUCUUAGCCUCACCAAGAAUGUGGACGACGCCGAUAAAUAUCACGAGUAUGUGUACAUGAAAUGAGUUUGAGUGGCCACA